AUGUCUCUGCCAUCAUGCGCCUCUCGGCGGGUAUCUCCUAUGCAUUGUUUCGCUAGGCGCACCAUGUCGAAGCAAGCGCCGAGGAAGCCAAAACCGACGUCAAAACUGACACCAAAGCCAGCACCGAAACUACCCUCUCAAUCCGCACCUCCACCCCAACUCGCCUCCUACGUCAGAUCUCACGAGACACUCCCGCCGCCCAAAAUGCGCGCUCUCAUUUCGCUAUACCACCAAGCGGACUCAUGGAUUACACCCGACAACCUCCUCAAGCGGAUAGAUGCCGCAUUCGUGCCUCCAGCUUCUGAAGAUAUCGAAAUCCCGGAUGCCAAAGUGAUUACGCUGGAUGAGCUCCAGGGCGAACUCGAUGAUAUCAAGAAGGCGCCGAAGAUGGUGCAGCACGACGCCCUGCCACGAGAUUCGUCCCGCAGGGCAGACUCCAAAAAGUCAUGGAGCGACCAACGUUCGAAGAGGGAGUCGAUGGUGUUCGAGGCGCUGUAUGGGGUGAAUUUCGACCACUCCGGUAGGGUGAUGCCUGGUCUGGAGGUCUUGCAGGAGAGGUCGAAGUCAUUGGCCCAGCAGAGGAAGGAAGAUGCGGAAACGAAGGCGGAGCGCGCAAUGGACCUGCAGGACUUGCUUGACACUCCACCUGGGUACUAA